UUUUCAGCUUUCUUCACCAGACAUUAUUUUGACCAUUGUUUAUCAUUGAAUUUUUGUUUUCUUUUUAAAUAGGAUGAAUUCAAUAAAAGAUAUUUAAAUAAUAUCUAUCUUCUUAUGUACAUAAUUAAUGUAAAUAACUAUAGAAGAUAGCGUCUCGCAGUGCUUUUUAGAGUAAAGUUGUUAUUAGUAUUAAACAUGACUUUUACCUUUAUUCAGUGACUAAAGGGUAAUUCAGAAUGGUUGUUGGAUCAGCGUCGUAUCCAGGGAGGCAAGUGCUCCACAAAAUGCAGCCAAUGGGUAUGACUCCUCGAGAGCUGUCGGAGUAUGACGACUUGGCGACUGCACUCAUAGUGGAUCCAUAUCUUGGUAUCACUACGCAUAAAAUGAAUAUUCGCUAUAGGCCUUUAAAAACAAAUAAGGAAGAGUUGAAAAACAUUGUAAAAGAAUUCAUUCAAACCCAAGACUACAGCAAAGCAUACUCCAAAUUAGCUAAUGGUGAAUGGAUGCCAAGGCACUUUAGUAAAAAUAAACACCAACAAAGCAAGUUAAGAGAACAUAUAUACCGAUACUUGAGAGUUUUUGAUAAGAAAGCUGGUUUUGUCAUUGAACCAUGUUAUAGAUAUUCCUUGGAGGGUCAAAUAGGAGCAAAAAUUUCAACCACCAAGAAAUUUUUCAAGCAUGAAAGGAUAGACUUCUUAGUUGGUUGUAUAGCAGAGAUGACAGAAGAUGAAGAAAAACAGUUGCUUCACCCUGGUAAAAACGAUUUUUCUGUGAUGUAUAGCUGUAGAAAAAACUGUGCCCAGCUGUGGCUAGGGCCUGCAGCCUACAUAAAUCAUGAUUGUAGACCUAAUUGUACAUUUGAGGCCACUGAUCGUGGCAAAGCAUUUGUUCGUGUUUUAAGAGACAUUGAGGUAGGAGAAGAAAUCACCUGUUUUUAUGGGGAAGAUUUCUUUGGAAAUGGUAAUUGUUACUGUGAAUGUGAAACUUGUGAGAGGCGUGGAAAAGGUGCAUUUUCUGUAAAAAGUGAACAUAAUGAAGAGCAAGCAACUAGGUAUAGAUUUAGAGAAACUGAUAACAGAAUUAAUAGGACAAAGGCUAAACAAAGCCAAAAAAAUGAAAAUGGAAAAAAUAGUGAAAAGACGAGAGUUUCUAGCAGGCAAAACCUUAAUAUUGUAUCUCCACUGAGCAUGAAAGAAAUGAAACAAAAGGGUUUAACUAAAUAUGAUGCUGAAUUAUUAAUAGCUCAGGGAUGUAUUGCUGAUGUAGUAGAUUCAUCUGUUAGUAAAGAAGCGCAAAGUAGUAGAGAAUCAUCUGCUUCAAGUCGUGGAGAUCGCUUAAGAAGAAGAACUGAUAGUAAUCGAGUGACCAAUGGGACAGUUUCAUCACCUGCUAAUACAAAACGUAGAGCACCUCCUUCAAGAUGUUGUAGUACCACUAGUUCUCGAAGUAGUCGUGAUUCACAUUCAGGUAUAGUCUUGAGAAGUCAUAAACGCCUCAUAGAUACAGGCUUACAAACAACUUGCCCUAAAACAAAAAGUAAUAUUAAAGAAAUGGUUGUGGUUACGGAAGAAAAUCAUACUACUUCUAAAGAAGAAUCUAUUCCAAUUAAUAAUUCAGAGAUGACAAAUAAUUUGACUGAAACGGAAUCUACAAAUACACAUGAAAAGAAUAAUUUAUUGGAACCAGUGUCUGGUACUACAGAAUUAGUAAAUGCUGACCAUUGUGAUACUAAAGAAUCUCUGCAGCAGAAUAUACAAUUAACUCCUGAAAUAAAUAAUAUAACAAAUGAAGAUUGUACUGAUGGAAAGAUAAAGCAAGUUGAAGAUGAAGGCAUAAGUGAUAAUGUAUGUUCUAAAAGUGAAAUUUAUGACUUUAGAGAAAAUAUUAAUCCAAGUGAAUCAACAAAAGAUAGUAAAAUAAAUAUUAAAACAUAUAAAGUAGAAUCAUCUAAUCGAAAUGAAGAAUCAAAUAAAGAAUUAGAACCUGGACCUCCUUGGUUAGCUGACAAUUCUAAUAAGAGUAGUGAGUGUCCUUGCACUCCUCCUCGGAGAGGUUUGAAACUGACGUUGCGUGUAAAACGGAGUCCAGUUGUUGAAGAGGUGAUGGAUUGUGGUGCCCCAGCAGAGGUUCCAGAGUAUGAAGUAUUACGGCUGGAAGGCGUCGACCCGGAGACAGUGCGACGGUUUAAGAAGCGACGCCGUUCCAAAGAACGUCAUCGUAAGCACAGCCCCAUCCGUCCCUUGCCCCCUAUGAAACGCUUAAGGCUUAUUUUUGGUAAUGAGAGUCGUACUAUUGAUUUGCCGACUGCAAUAUCUGCAGACUGACAGCCGCAAUUACCUUAUGGUUAUUAUUCCACCGUUAUUCAAUUAUUAGUUUAAUUGUCACUGACUAGGAUAACUUAUCUAAUAUUUAUUUCAUGACAUGAAAUUAUGAAUAAGUAUUGUGUGAUAGACAUCAGAUUUUAUUCAAAAAUUCCAAGGACAUAUUUAUUGAUGAAUAGUAUGAAAUGGUUUUUUCAUUAAGUUUUUAUUGAGCAUCAUACUCAAUAAAAAUAUUUGUCACAUGCCCUAAACGAAAGUUAUUGUUUUUACUACUGUAUUACUUUUUCAUUUUCACUAAAGUAAUUGCAAUUCCUACUUACAGCAGAGCUCUAAGUUUGGCCAUAUAAUUUAUAAAAUUAAAAAAAUCAUUGGCACGAUAGUUGAACAGUAUGGCGCUGCGUAAAUUUUUGUAGUAUUGCAAACGCACACCACCACAGUUAAAUAUACUUACAGUAUUAAAGAUACCUAUUUUUAACUAUCUAAGUUUACGACGUGUAUAUUGGUAUGGGUUUAAAUGCCUGUAACCAACAAACAUAGGUAUUUAGGUACUAUUCUACCAACCAAAAUGCCUUGUGUUGAAUACAUACGUCCAUCGCGAAUCUUGGGCUAUAUUUAGACAUGCUUUUUUAUUCACUAGCGCAGAAGCAAUUGUGUAUACGGCGUAAAAGAUAUAAUUUUAUAAGAUUGAAUCUUUAAUACUGCUAGACUUUAAAGCCUUUGUCACAUUUGCAUGAUUUUUAUGUGUUUGUGGUAUUAAAAAUUAAUUUUAGUAUACAUACAAAAUGUAAUUUUUCGUAUACUUUAUACAAAAUCAAAACAUCAGUCCAGAAUACGUAAUUGUAAUUUCAGGGAUUUAAUUGAUAGAAUAAUUUCUGAAAAUUUGGGGUGAUCAGUUACGUGUCUUAUUUACGUUUAUUAUUAAAACUCACAUUUAUUGGAUUUAAAAGUUUCCACACAGAUGCGUAAGUUCGGCAUAGGCUUAGCAUAGCUUAGCUAACACAGAGUGUAAUGCAAUUUUCGAAUGGCUGUUAUAGUUCCAGGUUCUCUGCAUCAUACAACUAGAUACUCCUCUUGAUUAUCACCUGCGGAAUGCUUUCCCUGAACAGCUCUAUUAUUGUCAAUCUUGAUGUAAAUUGUACGGUUUUUUCCCUGACGUUAAUUACGUCUGGAUUUCGAUUUUGUUCCUGUUUGAGUUCUAUUUUUCUAUUUUUGAUUCGGCAUGGGUUGGUUUUCAUUCAGUUUUCCCGACUGAAAGCUCUCGGUAGUCUCUGCAUCAGAACCUCUUCCUGUAUUGUUUGUGUAUAUGGAUAUAACAUUAAAUAUCUUCGGAUUCCAUUACCGUAGCGAAUGUCAUAGUGUACUUUUAUUGUUCUAAUCUUGAUCUGUGCAUGAGUCGAUUCUUAGUUUACUUUGUAACUGAAUGUAACCAGUUUAAUGAGAUUUCAGUAGUACUACAUUGUCACUCCUAUUUGAUCUCAGUGAUCUUACUCUCGAAUGCAAUCGCGAUAGAGCGACAUUGCAAUUGUGCCGUUUCUUUCUCUUGAUUAGCUAGCUAGCGUCAGAGUAUGCUAGUCUACCCAGUUAAGAGUACAAUUGCAAUUUCGGCACGAUUGCAAUUUCGAUCGAUCGCGAUUGCGUUCGAGAGUACAGGGGCUGAUAUUGAAAUUUUCCAUUGUCAUUGAAAGACAUUUGACGAUAUGACCCACGCUCUUGUUUUCGUUAUAUUAUUAGAAGAGUAUAAAACAUCUGUGGUUUUAUAGAAUCUAAUUCGUCCUAGACUUCAAGAACAACGUCGCAUUUAAUAGACUAUAGGGCAUGAUGGUAACUGAAAUGCUUAAAUGUCCUCCCAUCUCAUCCAUAGCACAGAUGUGGGUUUGUUAAAAGAUCAAUAAAUCUUGUUUAAAAAUAACCAACCCAAUUUGAAUGUAAAUAAUUUUUUUAGUGGUUUACAGAAAUUUUAUAGAAGUGUUAUGUAAUUCUCUUUCUUGAUUCAAAAUACAGAAGGAAUAUCUAGUCCUUGAUUUUGACGUAUGGAUAGAAUAGAAACUGAUCUUUUAACAAGUACUCAAUAGAAAAUUAUCGAGGUUCUGUUUUUCUAGUUAGUUUCCUUCAAAAUUUUCCAUACAAAGUUGGACAAAUCAUUUUAACAAUCAAUAGGGAUGACGACUAAUUUUUGUUUGUUUGUCCGUCAGGUAGAAUGUAAAAAAAUAUUAAACACGUUUUUUUUUUCGUAAUCAUAAAAUUACGGCGUUACAUGGAGUUGAAAUUUCGCAUGACGUUACAGUAAGUUUUCUAACAAAAUGUGACGUAGCGAGCCCCCACUCCUCAACUUUAAUGCCUGUUAUCUAAUUUCUUGUUAAAUUGAAGUAGAAAAAAAUACGUAUCUAAUAUUUUUCUAUUACCUGACUGACGGACUAAAUAGAAUUGCAUUUUUUUACCCAGUCGUCAUCCCUAUUGAAUUGAGCAGAGUUUGUGAUAAUCACAAUUGAGGAUUAUUGUUCUAUUUUAUAUUUAGAUCUUAUCUAUUUAGAAGCAUGCGUUACUUUAUGUGACGGUUCUUCCGUCGAGUGUGCAAUAUUGUUUAGAUAUCAUUUCACAUUUCUGACGUUCCAUGACGGACUAUCUUACGUCAGAUAUUCAUCUACCUUCAAGGCGCCAUAUAUUUUAACGUUUCGUUAUCUGAGUUAAAUCGUUACGACAUGAGAGAUGCUAGCUUCAGAUCAGUGAUGCUAGAAGAAAAAAGUUUAGCUGAAAAACACGCACGUGAAGAACAGUCCCUUCACAUCCGUUUAUUAAGACAAGUAAAUUAUAACGAUAAAAAUAACUGUUAUUUGCUUACUAGCUUUAUUGAUUAUUAAUGUAUUUUUGGAAUCUAAACGGCGUAGUAAGGUAGAGUGUCAAAACCGAAUGAAAACUCCAAAAAUCUAGCUCCGAACUAGGUAACAUUUCGGACAUAUAAUAAUAUCGAAUGCUUCAACCACCAUCUAAUGAUGGCGAAGGCACCUCAAAUGAGUCGAAAUAGUCUGAAAAAAAAUGGUUUCAGACCCAUUUCCUUUUUAUUUAUCGCAUCUUUUGUAUAUUUAUUGUGAUUUUGAGUUUAAGUAAUUUUUCUAAAAAGUAUAAUUGUGUGGAUGAUUUAAUUUUACAUGUUUUUAUGAAUGCAGUAGCUAGAAUUUUUUAACUGUCGUGAAUUCCUUGACCGUGAGUACAGUAGCGCCACAUUUAUAACUGUUUAAAAAUUUAGCUUUGGAAUGGUUAUGUAAAUUGAGCUCUAAACUUUACUAAGAGGCUUUUAAAUUAAAUUCAAAAUUCAUAAAAAUUGCGCUGUUGUACAGAUGGACUGAGAUAAAUUCGCCACGUAACAUAAGACAAUUACGCCUAAUGCUUCUAUAACGGGGUAAUAAAUCACUAUUUAUUUCUAAUUUUAAAUUAAUUUAUUUUUCUUGAAACUGGCAAUGUAUGUAGUAAAUUCAUAUAAAUUGUGUUGCUCUUGAUUUUCUAACGAACAGACAAACUAUAUCCAUUGUGUUGACCAAAAUUUUGGCGUAUCGCAAGAAAUGGAUGAUUUCAUUAAACGACUAGAAAACUGCAAAUUUUAUAAUAUUUUCAGUGGCUUGUGAUUAGGAUUAAGAUUAGAUAAAAUUGCGACUGAAUUGUCCAUGAAUUUUUUUCUUAUCUUAAUUUAUUUUACUAUAAAGACUGUUCACAAAAGUGGAAUGAUUUCAGUAUAAGCUCGAAUCUGCUAGAUUAAAUUUUAUGAAUGUAAAUAUUUUAUUUUAAUUUUGUUCAUACACUUGACAUUCUUUCAUUUCCCGUUUUUAUAAACCUAGUAGUACAGGGGUCUAUGUAGGCACGAAUUUACGCAGUCUACUUACUAGGCUAGUGCCGUUGAACAAAAUUUAAGUUUAAAAUUAUUGCUUACAACUUUGUCGGCAUAGUCUUUAAAUGUUAACUAGUACAAUACUAAAGCUCCUGUGCGCGUUAAAUAGCUAACCUUAUAGUAUUACCUAACUAGUUAGCUGAUUUUUAGUACAACAUUAGCACCAUUCUUCAGUAACAUUACAAUAUUGUCAUUGUCUGCCUUUAAGUCCGCAAUGUUACUAAUAAUGGACAGAAUAGUCUGAUAGAUUCAUCACAAAGUUAUUGAUUUAGUAUUUUUUGAUUUCAUAAUGUAUAUUGAAAUACCUACUUAAUAUCAGUUUAUGUCAUUUUACUUAAAUGUAAUGCGAAAAUUGACAAUGUCCCUUUGGUGUAUCUGUAAUUAACGAGUAAUUUAGUUGUCACUCAGUUUAUCAUGAUUUCUCACCUUCUGUUGAAUUUUUAACACAACCAUCGUUGUACAGGGAAUCUAUACCUUAAUGGUUGAUGGUCUCUAUUUCUAUUUUAUACCUGUAACAUACGCAGUCUAGUGAAAACAAUAUUUUGAAUUUGGCAAAUUAACGAUCAAAUUAGUGUAAUUUAUAAUAAAUAGCAUUUAAAAAUGUCAGCUGAAACUGCCCUACUUCAUAUGUUAUUGUUGUUUAUUGUGUACAAUAUUAUUAGUUCAAUUGUUUAUCAAUAAAGACUAUUAGUAGAAUUAAUUAAUGUAUAAAGUUUUAGGAACUAUGUAAUUAAUAAACAAUUUUUUAUUACUUGGACGCGCAUACAAUUUAAGGUUUUAUAUUAAUUUGAUAUGUAGCACGCUAAAUAUUAUAAUAUGAUUUAACACAUUAACAAUGGACAUAGAGGACAGCGAUGUUUCAGUUGUAUAAAUGUGUAUUUACCUGUAUAAAUAUUGUACCUAAUUGGUUUAAUUUGAUUGUAUUAAAUCUAUCGAUAGAUCAUGGUAUGAUGAAGUUCUGAUAAAUAAAGAAUUAUAAGGAUGGCCUUAGUAAGGCUACAUUGGUU